AUGGUUUGUGAUAAUUGUCAAAAGAAAGUUGGUCGUGUUGCAACACAAGAUGUAUGGAAAAGUGGUUCACGCAAUACAGUUGAAAGUGGUGGUAAAAAAUUAAAUGAAAAUAAAUUAUUAACUAACAAAAAUUCUCGAUAUAGUCCAUAUACAACAAAAUUUAAUAAAUGUAAAAUUUGUAAAUCAACAAUUCAUCAACCUGGUAGUACUUAUUGUCAAGGUUGUGCUUAUAAAUUAGGUUUAUGUGCAAUGUGUGGUGUAAAAAUUUUACAAACAAAAAAUUAUCGUCAAUCAUCUGUUUAA